CUCUCUCUCUCUCUCUCUCUCACGCGUGCGCGCUAUAUAACCACAACUCCAUAUUCAAUCUCAAUGUCUUUAAAUAAUCGUUCUUCAGGUUGAGAAGAUACCCAUAACCACAUGAUGGUCAGACUCAGAUUCUUAGAACAAUGCGUCGUGGCGGCGGCAAUACUAUUGGUGGUGGUGAUAGGGUUAUUGAGCGGAGGAGCUGAAGGGGUUGUGUUAUGCAACACAGACACAACGAAGUUGAGCUUGUGCCGUCCGGCGGCUACCGGGCAGAGCCCGCCGCCGCCUACAGAGGCGUGUUGCGCGGUUGUCCGACAUGCCGAUCUGGCCUGCCUCUGCAAGUACAAGUCGGUGCUUCCUGCACUGGGGAUUGACACCAAGAAGGCCCUCGCUUUGCCUGCUAAGUGUGGUCGCACCGUGCCGGCUCAGUGUAAAGGGAAUUGAAGGUGUUAUAGCCCAUACUCAUUUCAAGCGUCGUUUUAGUUAGCAUGCCUCUAUAGUUUCAUUGCCAUUGAAGAAGUUUAAGGAAUAACCUGCUCCAUCUCUUAAAUAAAAUACUCCUAUUUAUGGGCAAGACUUGUGAUAUGAUAUAACGGGUCUCUCAUGUUGUAAAAGUCACAUUGCUACUUAUUGUAAUAGAAAGUUCUUGAUAUGCUUAUACUGUUCGCCAUUUAAAUAUAAUGAUGAUAUCAAAAUUAAUUAUUUU